GCAUUUGAGGGAAAAAACAAUGAUGAUCAUCCGAACAUCAUCUAUCUUUGCUUUCUUAGUACUGCUAAUGAUUGAAUCAGCAGCAGGCCAGGCUCUGGUGAAGCCUGGUUGUCGUCAAGACUCUUGUGGGGUUGUCAAGAUUCCAUAUCCCUUUGGAAUUGGAGUAGGUUGUUACAUGAACACAUGGUUUGAGGUCUCCUGCAAUGAAACUUCCAACCCUCCUAUUACUUUACUAGCCCGCAUGGAUAUUGAGGUGCUGUCCUUCGCUCUUGAUCACAGCAUUGUUGUAGUCAAAAGACCGAUGAUAGGGGAUUAUUCUGAGAUGAUUACAGUGAAACCUGUGAAUUUAAGUGGAAGUCCUUUCACGUCCUACCAGGGAGAACAGUUCUCCAUUCGACUCCAGGAAUAUGUUCCAGAUGUGUUUACCUGGCUGAUUUCUGAGGAGGAUGCAUCAAAAUUACCACAUAUAUAUCCUGAUGCAUUUCAGUGUUUACCGCCGAAUGAUAGCAUUUAUCCGUAUUUUUACCUUCUGCUUUAUAAUCCUUCUUCCCUGGUCCCAAACGGAACUCAGUUUUAUAAUUCUUCAAUGCCCCCAAACGGAGGUCGACAAUGUGUUUGUGGACCUGGAUUUCACGGCAACCCUUAUCUACCUCUUGGAUGUAAAG